AGGACCUACACUGAUACUUCUCAGGUCAAAGUUCCACAACGGAUCCAUUUGAAAUCUUAAAUCUCGAUAUGAAGCCUGGGAACACCCUGAAGAUCAAGGGCAAAAUAUCCGCUGAUACUAAUGGCUUCAGCAUCAAUCUUGGCUCCAGCUUGAAAGAUCUGGCACUUCACUUCAACCCCCGCUUCAAUGAGUCUGUCAUUGUCUGUAACUCCAAAUGCUCCAACGUGUGGCAGAAAGAGCAUCGUGACAGCCACUUCUCUUUCUUCAGGGGCUGCACUGUCAAGUUCCUCAUUGAAAUGCUGACAGACAAAUUCCGUGUGAAACUACCAGAUGGGCAUGAAGUGUGUUUCCCCAACCGGCACAGCUACCGCAAGAUCAACUACAUGAACGUCAUGGGAGGCUUCAAGAUCACCUCCUUCAAGCUGAGCUGACGGGUGCCACUUCCCAGCUCUAAUAAAAGACCAAGCCUG